AUGCACAGCCUGGGUAUGUCGGUGUUGGGCGACCCCACAAUAGUUCAGUGUCAUCAUGGACACAAACACUCCCAUGAACACCCUCUAUCCCAACCCCCACCACCGCGACCACCCCGAAAAGCGACCUCCAUACCAGCUGUAUCUUCACUCCUGAAAGACUCGUGGGAUUGGGCUGGUGAUACGUUGCACACCUACCGUGAUGGUCUCUCCAAGGAACAACGAAGACACAGGGCUGAGAUCGAGGAUCACAAACAAGUCUUAUAUCUGAAAAUAAAGAAUGCUGUGUCGUACGAGGAAUGGCGAAGUUGUGCCAUUGAGCUGGAUGAACUAGAGCACAACAACACCUGGAAGCAGACACUUGAGUGCACUGAAUAUGACCCUCAUUUGGUACAGGAUCGUUUGCGACAGUUGGAAGAGGCUCGCAUCAGCUGUGAUGUAAGCCGCAUGCUGUUUCUGGUGCGCACUGCGCUGAGUCGGGACCUGGCACACAUGAGCAACGCCUCUCUAUAUCGCCAUUCGCACAUCGGCACCAAGGACUUGAUUGAUAGGUAUAUUACCACGGCUGUGGAGACUAUCGCCACGCUGGUGGAUUUGUCGGUGCAUGACCGCUGCGAUGGGCUGGAGUUGAAAUAUAUCCUGGACCAGCUGCUGGCAGCUCGACAGGCAUUUGGUCGCAGUGCACUCCUCUUCUCCGGUGGCGCCACUUUCGGUAUGACCCAUAUUGGGGUUCUUAAGGCCCUUUAUGAAGCAAACAUGAUCCCUCGAAUUAUCUCAGGUGCUUCUGCUGGUAGCAUUGUGUGCGCGGUCUUCUGUACACGCACAGAUGAAGAGCUGCCGGCGCUUUUGGAUACCUACGUACAUGGAGAUUUUGAUGUCUUCAAUGAAAAAGGUCAAGAGGAAAAUAUCCUGCAAAAAAUGACUCGUUUUUUGAAGUUUGGAUCAUUUCUUGACAUCUCCCACUUGGCGAAGACCAUCAGGAACUGGCUGGGAGACAUGACCUUUCAGGAAGCAUAUAACCGCACUCGCAGAAUCCUGAACAUUUGUGUAUCGAGUGCCGGCAUGUAUGAGCUUCCACGGCUGUUGAACUAUAUUUCUGCCCCAAACGUGUUGAUCUGGUCUGCUGUGGCGGUAUCAUGCUCUGUCCCUUUUGUCUUCAGACCGUUCACUUUAAUGGCUAAGGAUCCGUUAACAGGGGAACCGGUCCCCUGGAAUGAUCUUCACAAACAGUAUAUUGAUGGCUCUGUCGAUGGGGAUCUGCCCAUGACACGAUUAUCAGAGAUGUUCAACGUGAACCAUUUCAUUGUUUCUCAGGUGAACCCUCAUGUGGUGCCAUUCCUUCCAAAGGAGACAGGUCCACACGAGACAAACAAUGGCCCUUCAUUCAUCCCUCGAUGGAUGAACACGAUGACACACCUUGCCAAAGACGAGGUUCUACACCGCAUGAAUGUGCUCUCGGAACUUGGGGUGUUCCCGACAUCAAUGACCAAGUUUGCCUCGAUUGUGAACCAGAAAUAUCAUGGAGACAUCAACAUAUACCCGGAACUCAUUUCCUCCAACUUUCCUAGACUUUUGGAGAAUCCGACCCCAGAGUUCAUGCUCUCGGCAUGUCUGAGUGGCGAGCGGGCGACAUGGCCAAGACUAAGUCGUAUCCGAAAUCAUUGUGCCAUUGAGCUGGCACUGGAUAAUGCCGUUCAAAAUAUGCGGGCCCGGGUAGCCUUCAGUCCGAGCCAGGUUGAUCUACGUAUGCCAAACUUCAGCCGUCACUCGAUUGACUCGGUAGAUAGCAGUGGACGGGAGCGCUAUCGCGACAAGCGAACAGGAUCCCAUAGCCACGAGUUGGAAAAGAGGUACUCAGACAGGCAAGCACGGCAUCGGCCAACCCAGGAACUGAGAAAGGCACGAAGCACCGUUUCAUUAGAUAACCCGUCUAUCUCGCAGUCGAGCGAGUCGGCCCUUAUGUCAACCCAAGCUAGGACCCACCGCCGUACAUCCUCGGUAUCCUUCAACGGAGCGAUCUUCGACAUUGGCUCAAGCAGUGACGACGAGCCCAAAAGAUCAUACACGCUUCGUCCCAAACUCGCAGGGCACCGAGCGUUCUCGGAGUCAUCUUCAUUUGGCGGAGCAUUUGCGAGCCACGGGCCCCGUAGCCCCGUUCGAUCCCGACGAUCCUCAUUUUCUUCUGGCCCGGCCUCCAAUUCUUCCGCUACAGCUCAUCGCAGUUCCCUAAAGCAGGCCUAUGCGUCGUCGGCUCGUGACCUCUCCAUGACCGUACCACCUUCGUCCCGCCAUCUGCUUAGUAUGACUCCAACGCCAAUAGUCUAUCCGAGCUCGUCUGAUCCCCUGGCGCGCACAUAG